UAUUCGUUAUUAUUGUAGACUGAUGGGUUCUUCAAAACAAGCCUACCUGACGUAUACGCACUUGGAGAUGUAGCCACAUUCCCCAUGAAAAUGUAUGGCGAGAUGAGGCGUGUUGAACACGCCGACAAUGCUCGCAAAUCUGCUGGACAAGCAGUCAAAGCAAUCAAAGCAGCUGAGGAAGGGAAAACUGUUCCAGAUUACGAUUAUCUUCCCUAUUUCUACUCUCGGUUUUUCGACCUCUCGUGGGAAUUCUAUGGGGACAACGUUGGAGAAUCUGUAAUCUUUGGAGAUACUGACCCCAAAACUCCAAAGCCUAAGUUUGGGACGUAUUGGGUUAAAGACGGGAAAGUAGUUGGAGUGUUUCUCGAAGGAGGAACUAAAGAGGAAUACAAGGCUAUUGCUAAAGUGGCACGAGGACAACCUUCCGUUGAGAGUCUUGACGUGUUAGCCGAGGAAGGUCUUUCUUUCGCCACCAAGUUUUAACAGCACCACUCUUUGUCUCUUUGAGACUUUGGGUCUUAGCUUGUUUGGUUUAAGUCAGAUUGAUGUAACAAUCUCUCCUUUAUCCUUUGAUUUCAUAUCGAGUCCCUUUUUUAUAUUUGGGUUAAUAUAAUUAUGUAUUUUAUUUGGUUUGAUCGAAUCAUUGGAUUUUAAGUUCUUACAAUAUUCGAAAUAUGAUAGAUAUUCAGCUUUGGAUGCA